UCCGCCACCGCGCCGCCUCUCUCCGGCCGCCCUCCCCUCUCCCCCGCCUCCGCAGCUCAUGGCGACCUCCACCCACCCGAAUCCCGCCACGACGGCGCGUCCCCGCGCCUGCAUCCACGCAUCCGGGAAGGGCCAGAAGCUCAACUGCCGGCCGGCUGAGCGUCCAGGACGACGCGGCUCCGGCUGGCCUCGCCGGACGCUUGGCCCCUAACUCGCGCCGCCCCCCAGUCAACCCAAACUGAAUCAUGCUUUCUUUGAUUUCGAUUUUGCAGAGGCUACGUUUCUGUUCCGGUGGUGUUGUUGCGGUGGUGGUGCCCUUCGAUGGUCGUGCUAUGGUGCUGGUGCCCUCCACGUCGUGUCGUCAGGAUGCUACUGCUGGUGUCCACCACGACUCGCUGCACCCUGGCGUCCACCCCUGGGAAGAUGCUAUGUUGUGGUGUUGUUGCCGUGUUGGUGCCCUUCAAUGGUUGUGCUGUGGUGGUGGUGCCCUCCGUUGGAGCUCCAGCCAGCGUCCAUGUCGCCAGAGAUGCUGCUGCUGGUGUCCACCAUGACCUGCUGCAUUAUGCCGUCAACCCCUCGGAAGGAGAGCAUGAGGAUGAGCACAAGCUGCUGGCUUUGAGGACGGUAUUGUCCAAGGUGUCUUUAUUCAUGGAUGGCAGCUACAUGGAAGAAGGAAUGAGGACAAGUCGAAGCAUUCUUGCUGGUAGCUUGGAUCAAGUCGAUGCUUUCGAGGACAAGAUGACUGCGAGGAUUAAUUAAGCAGCGGGGACAGGGGCGUAGCUCCCUCCCCACCCCCUUCUCUGCUGCCUGUGCUGCUUCAUUGUCCAAGUUGGCGCACCUCCUGCUGCAGCUUUUGGCCGCGGCCUAAAAAAUGUCUUGGUCCUCUUGUGAUGUCGAGCAGUCGUUGACAUGGUAGUAACCUACAUGCAUUCUUGCGAUUCUCCAGGUUGAGGAGCUUGUAAAGUAGCACGAAGUGUCGUUUCCUUGGCUGCACCGUUUGAUUUUCUUACCUGUCUGUGUGCACUUGUAUAUUUGUUUGCCCUGUGCUCUGGAACCUUCCAAAAAAUAAUAAA